UUGUGGAGCUAGAGGCCACUGAUUUCAAUAGAUCAUGGCCUCUAACAAGCAUUUCUUUGUGAUGUUUGCUGUGCUUUCAGUAGCUCUGCCGUCGUUUCUUCCAAGAACUGCUCUUUCCAUCCCGUUUGUCGUUUUUCAUGGAAUUUCUGACAACUGCAAUAACAAAGGGCCAUUUACAGAGUUUCUGCAUUUUCAGUAGUUAGCUUAUGAAUUCUCAUUGUAAUAUGGUUUUGCUGUUUGAUAUAAUGUUGCAGGAAUUUCUGACAACUGCAAUAACAAAGGGAUUUCAGAGUUCACCACUCUUCUGAGCGAUUGGUCUGGUGCACAGGGGCAUUGCAUUGAAAUUGGAAAUGGUGCGAUGGAUUCCUGGACAAUGCCCUUCUUUGAACAGACGGCCUUAGCCUGUGAGAAGGUCAAGAGCAUGAGUGAGCUCAGUGGAGGUUACAACGUUAUCGGGCUCUCACAGGGUAAUUUGGUUGGGAGAGGCGUCAUUGAGCUCUGUGACGGAGGACCCCCUGUCAGAAAUUUUAUAUCUCUGGCAGGCCCACAUGCUGGAAUAGCUGCUAUUCCCCUCUGUAAAUCGGCUUGGUUCUGCAUUCUAGUGGACUUUUUGAUCGAGUUGGCAAUUUACAGCAACUAUGUUCAGGAACAUUUAGCGCCUUCUAACUACAUCAAAAUUCCAACAGAUUUAGAUGCCUAUGAAAGUGGAUGCAAAUUCCUCCCUGUAAUAAACAACGAAUUUCACAAGAAUUCCACGUACAAGAAGCGAUUUUCUAGCUUGGAGAACUUGGUGCUGAUCAAGUUUGAGAACGACGCUAUUCUGGUGCCGAAAGAGACCUCUUGGUUUGGAUAUUUCCCUGAUGGCUCCUGGGACCCCAUUUUGCCUGCACAAGAGACAACCCUCUACACCGAAGAUUGGAUUGGUUUGAAGAGCUUGGAUGAAGCCGGGAGAGUGAAGUUUGUCAACGUUUCGGGGUCCCAUCUAGAAGUUUCCUACGGCGAGAUGAAGGACUACAUACUCCCAUACUUGCUCGAAAACGUCACUGCACAACCAAGACUAUCUGAAUCAUCCCAUGAGGGAAAGAUGCUCAAGCUGUAUGCUUCUGAUUGAAGGGACUAAAUUUUGUAGACAUAUUUCGGAACAUGAAAAUCAAUCGAGAUCUUCUGUGCCAUGCUGAUACUAUGAUUUUUAGUUGUACUAACAUGAACCAGAUAAUGUAUCCAUUUGUUAGCCUUUAAUAAAAAUCUGUUUUGACUUCA